AUGGAAGUCUCGUUCGGCAUCACGGGCAAGGACUACGUCCUCUUCGCAUCAGACACCUCGGCUGCUCGCUCCAUCGUCCGCAUGAAGGCCGACGAGGACAAGCAGCGCGUCCUCGGAAAGCACCUCGUCAUGGCCUACUCGGGCGAGCCGGGGGACACAAUCCAGUUUGCCGAGUACAUCGAACGCAACCUCCGCCUGUACCAGAUCCGCAACCACAUCCCGCUUCGCCCUCCCUCUGCCGCCUCGUGGGUCCGCACCCAACUCGCCUCGUCCCUCCGUUCCCGCAAGCCCUACUCCGUCAACCUCCUCCUCGGCGGCUACGACCCGACCUCGUCCACUCCCUCUCUCUACUGGAUCGACUACCUCGGCACGCUCGCGACCGUUCCGUACGCAGCACACGGAUACGGAGCGUACUUCUCCCUCUCCACGAUGGACAGGUGGCAUGACCCCGAGGGCGACCUGGAGGCUGGGUUGGAGCUGCUGAGGAAGUGCAUCAAGGAGCUGGAAGUGAGGUUCAUCGUCAACCUCGGAGGAUGGACGAUCCGAGUGGCCGACAAAGAUGGCGUGCGACAAAUCAACCUCGACGGAACUCCCUACGAGCCUCCUCAACGCCCUCCCCCUCCAGCGACAACCGGCGCAGCAGAAGCAGUCGAGACGCAAGGCGCGCAGCCCGUCGCAGCGGCAGCGUGA